AUGACUUACACCCUCUACGACGCCUCCGUCCCCCUCCUCCUCGCGGGACUCAACACCCUGCUCGGCCUUCUCACCAAGGCUGAGGCCUACGCGGCGGACAAGGCCAUCAGCGCCGACGAUGUGCUCGGCUGGAAGCUUGCCGAGGACAUGCUGCCCUUCUCAGUCCAGUACUACAUCGCCACCGACUGCGCCGUCAAGAUCGUCGCGCGCGUGCAGGGCACCGAGCCCGAAGCGUUGGGCAGGGAGUUCAAGAGCAUCGCCGACCUGCGCCAGCGCGUCGAGUACACGAUCGCGCUGGUCAAGGCCGCCGACCCCAAGACGUUCGAGGCGCGCACCGACGCCCUCGUGCCCCUCGGCCUCGGCUUCGGCCAGGGCGAGAUGCAGAUCCGCGCCCGCGACUACCUCGUCGCCUACGGCAUGCCCAACUUCUUCUUCCACCUCCAGACCGCCUACAGCAUCCUGCGCGCCAAGGGCAUCCAGCUCGGCAAGGCCGACUACCUCGGCCCCUUCAUGAACCCCUUUGUCGAAGAGUACAAGAAGCAGCAGCAGCAGUAA